AUGCCUGUGUCUUCUGGGCAUGUUUCUGGGUGCACCGCUUGUUCUUUUCAAGGACCUCUCCAUGAGUUGCUGGAAUGUGAAGACUGCUUCCCUCUGAAGAAACCACUGGCCUACAUACUUCUAUUUAAAAAAAUCUGGACGCUGUUGGUCCGCGCCGUGCGAGCUGAUGCCGAGAGCGAGGUCCCGCGCCGGGCCCCCCGCCGGCUCUCCCUCGGGGCCGGGGAUAGCGGAGAUGGCGGCGGGGGCCCGCGGAAGGACACAUCUCACAUGUCCUUUGAGGAGCUGUUGGAAUUGCAGAGCCAAGUGGGGACUAAGACAUACAAACAAUUGGUAGCUGGAAGCAGCACUAAGAAGCAAGGCUCUAGACCCCCUGUCCAAAAUGCCUGUGUUGCAGAUAAGCACAGGCCUCUGGAAAUGUCAGCCAAGGUCCGGGUGCCAUUUUUGCGUCAAGUUGUCCCCAUCAGUAAGAAGGUAGCCCGGGACCCCCGCUUUGACGAUUUGUCAGGGGAAUAUAAUCCUGAAGUGUUUGACAAAACCUAUCAAUUCCUGAACGACAUCCGAGCCAAAGAGAAAGAGCUUGUGAAAAAGCAGUUGAAGAAGCACCGUUCAGGGGAGAAGCAUGAGAAGCUGCAGCAGCUGCUUCAGCGAAUGGAGCAGCAAGAAAUGGCACAGCAGGAACGGAAGCGGCAGCAGGAGCUGCGCCUGGCUCUGAAGCAGGAGCGGCGGGCACAGGCCCAGCAGGGCCAUCGUCCGUACUUCCUGAAGAAAUCUGAACAGCGCCAGCUGGUCCUAGCUGAGAAGUUCAAGGAGCUGAAACGCAGCAAGAAGCUAGACAGCUUCUUGAGUCGAAAAAGGCGCCGAAACGCAGGCAAAGACAGGCGACAUCUCCCUUUGAAUAAGGACUAAUAGGAACUGACCUCAGCUCUGCCACUGCCCCAGUGAGAACUGUGUCUGUGGGGACAGACUGGGGCUUGGCCUGUUCUGGAUCUUUCCCCUUCAAGGACAAGGAUCACAGCUGCCCUUGAACUAGAUUGGCUCAGUGAUGACUAAAGGGUUCUUGGGCUGCCCCAGGGAUGGACAGGAACAGCUCAGCCUUCGCCAUGCCACACUUCUCUUC